AUGUCGGCUAAAGACGUUGGAAUUCACGCUAUCGAGGUGUACUUUCCUCGGUUUUGUGUAAAACAAACUGACAUGGAACUUUCCGAUGGCUGUACCGGUAAAUAUACCAAAGGACUUGGACAGGAAGUGCUUGGCGUAUGUGCUGUGGAAGAAGAUAUAAGCUCGAUUGCGCUAACGGUGGUUUCACAACUUAUUCGGCGUAUGAAUUUGGAUUUGAAAACGGUGGGAUUCCUGGAGGUCGGAUCGGAAACACUGAUCGACAAAUCAAAAUCGACGAAGUCCGUUCUGAUGGAACUGUUUGAGGCCAGCGGGAACUUUGAUGUGGAAGGCGUGGACGUGAAGAAUGCGUGUUUUGGUGGCACUGCCGCUUUGUUUCACGCGAUCAAUUGGCUUGAGUCUAGUUCGUGGGACGGUCGCUGGGCGCUAGUAGUGGCUGCUGAUGUUGCGGUCUACGGGACCAAAGCUGCUCGUCCUACUGGUGGUGCCGGUGCGGUUGCGAUUCUCUUGGGUCCAGACGCUCCGUUGAUCUUUGAUCGGGGCUUCUCCAACGUCUUGGUCACAGCCCAUUCGAACUGUACCGCAGAGAACCGCCUGCUCCCAGUGGACUUUCUCUGUUUCCACAGUCCCUUCACUCGUCUCGUUCAGAAGGCGUAUGGUUGGCUUGCUCUCCAGGACGUGGAAUGCUCGAGAAAGGUGGAUAUAUACAAUGGUUACGGGACGGAGAACAACAUGGUAACUGGCGAGCAACACGCCAUGCAUGAUAGCGUGGAUCCAAAGGUGACCGAGUGUUUGUCAAAAUUAACGGGUAACGAAUCACCACGGGACGUGGAUGCGCUUUGUAUGCAGGCGACAGCAGAGCUGUUCUCGACGAAGGUAGCACCUGGUCUUGUGUUCGCGAAACAGGUUGGAAAUAUGUACACUGCAUCGUUGUAUGCUUGCCUCGCCAGUUUGCUUCUGAGGUCAGUUAAGAUAUCAUUUGUUUCUUUUGUUUUAUUUCUGUCGUCCAACUUUACAUCACGCGAUUCGAGCCGUUUCCCUGCACAUGAGCUGUGGCCACUGGACGACACACGACUGUUUUUAUUGUUUAUUGCGCACCUACUUAAUAACAUAUCAGUAGCCUGUUUCAAAAGUCGUUUUCUGGUGUGCUUCAUUCGUACGUUCCGGAGGUCGUUUGCUCAUGGCGCAAUGCACCCGGGUUUUGAUGCUGCCUUUUUGUGUGUGGUUACGUUUAUUUGUGUUUUUAGUUUCAAAAGAGCAACCAGAAGUGAAAAAGGAGCUAACCAGGAAAAAUCCACCAUUAAAUAA